AUGGCUUUAACUUUUGUUGACAUCUUUCUUUCUCUUCUUAUCUAUGAUCUCUUAUUUACUCUACAAUUUUUAUAUGCUACAGAAACUAACCGUCAGUUUCAUCCAUCGUCAAUUGUCACUUCACCCGAUGAACAAGCAAAAAAAAUCAUCAGAUCACUCAACUCGUUUGCCCAUAACAAUACUGUCAUUGUCAAUGAUAACUCGUCGGUCAUUGGUGCUUCAAGGCUCGUUGAGAGACGAUUCAAAUUUCCUUUCCUUCCUCUUUCUAGCCCUUUUCCUGAGAACAAUCGUCACCAUGCUGGUUAUUAUCCGCUUCCCAAUACCAAAGGUGCAAGAAUGUUCUACUUCUUCUUUGAAUCACGGAAUAAUAACAAUGAUGAUCCUAUUGUGUUAUGGUUGAGUGGGGGCCCCGGAGGUAGCGGUAGUAUUGCGUUAUUUUAUGAAAAUGGUCCAUUUCUUAUCACAGAACAACACACUCUCAUAUCGAAUGAUUAUGGUUGGGAUAAGAUAUCAAAUAUUAUAUAUGUUGACCAGCCUACCGGAACUGGUUUUAGCUACACAACUGAUAAUAGUGACAUAAGACAUGAUCUAACUGCUGUUAGUAACGAUUUGUAUCACUUCUUACAGGAAUUCUUUAACAAACGUUCUGAACUUUCUCAAAAAGAUUUUUUCAUAACCGGACAAUCUUAUGCUGGGCAUUAUGUUCCUGCUCUAGCUUCUCGAAUCCAACAAGGAAAUGAAGCAGAGGAGGGAAUUCCUAUAAGACUCAAGGGAAUUGCUAUUGGUAAUGGACAUACAAAUCCUGGAAUUCAAUACCCAUCAAUACCAAGAUAUGCUCUAAGUCGUCUUUUAAUCAAUCAAUCAGAAUAUCAGCGUAUAGAUAAGGAUUUGAUUCCACAAUGUAAAUCAUCUACAAAGGAUUGUGACAAAGGCAUUGACAUUAAUGAUUGUCUCACUGCGUAUGUUAAAUGUAAUGAUAUAGUUCAGGCGAUUCGUGAUGCUACUGGAAAUUUAAAUUUUUAUGAUACUAGAAGACAACGUAUAGGUACCUCCAACUUUGACUACACAAAUAUGGUGGCUUUCCUAAAUAUGCAAUCAGUGAAGACUGCUUUAGGUGUGGGGGACAUAACAUUUGUUGCAUGGAGCUCUACAGUAUUUGGGCAAAUGAUUGGAGAGUACAUGAAAAAUCUUGACGUAAAAAUUCCUCCUUUACUUAAGGAUGGAAUCAAAGUUCUUAUAUAUGUAGGAGAAUUUGACCUAAUAUGCAAUUGGAUUGGAAAUUUGGAUUGGGUCACAGAAAUGGAAUGGGAUGGCAAGAAAAAGUUUAACGUCGCUCCUAUAAAUCUAUUUCGUGUUGAUGGUGAAAAAGUAGGAUCCUUAAUAAGCUAUGGACCUCUCGCUUUCUUCAAGGUUUUCAACGCUAGUCACAUGGUUCCAACGGAUCAACCAAAAACGGCUUAUCAUAUGAUACAACGCUGGAUGAAAGGAGAACUCAAGUGA